GGUGGUACCACAGAGCACAGAACUUCGGCUGCUGUCAAUCUUGCGUGCCCCCCUCUACCCGCCAAAAGCGGCGUGUGUACAAAUAUAAAGCCCACCUGGUCCGCCGGUUUUGGCCGUUUAGUCUACGCGCGUCCAAACCGUUCAGUUCUCUCUUGGUGCAGUGUUCUCAAAGAGAAGGAAUUAGCAAUGAACGCAUUCCUGGUGUUAGGUUCAGUGGUGGUGCUGGCCACGGUGGCCAGUGGUUUCCCGGACGGAGCCCCUGCCGACACCUGCGUCAAGUCACGCUUCAACCAGCCGAACCAUGGCGCUGCUAGAUCGCAGGAACUUGCCACGAGCCCGUUCCGGAUAACGGCCAGUGGUAACUCCUUCGGACCGGGAAGUCAGAUCCAGGUGGACGUCAGUGGCAACGAUGUGUUCCGUGGGUUCUUCCUGCAGGCUCGGGACGCCCAAACCAACGAAUGGAUCGGAGAAUGGGUCGAGUCGCCAAACACCAAGGGCAUUCCCGAGUGUUCGUCGAUAACCCACGCCGACAACAAGGACAAGGAACGGGCCACCUUCAUCUGGAACGCACCCAAGGACCGCCAGGGACAGGUCUACUUCACUGGAACCAUCGUGAAGAGUUAUAGCACCUUCUGGGCUAAUCUGAAUGCCGUCGUACCCGGAGUUGCUCAUCUAGGGUAAUUUGUAAAUAUUGUAAAUACAUUUUUGUUAAAAUCGA